GAAACUAUAUCGUCUCGUUCUCUAGAAAUCCUUCUCCAAGGAAAAGCAGAAAAUGAAACUCAUAUCAUCGAUGUUUACAAAACCUCAUUCUUCAUCACAACAAUCACUACCAAACAUCUUAAAAAGUGGUUUCACUCCAACACUUCAAACCUCUAAUAACUUUCUCCAUUUGCUCUACAAAACCCAGAAAUUCAAUUAUCUCCUCCAUUUCUUCUCUCAAAUGAAAUCAAGCAACAUUACACCAAACCACCAAACUCAUUCAAUCAUAAUCAAAUCCCUUCUCAAAACAAAUAAAUUCCAAGAAACAGAAAGUUUCAUCAAAACCCUUAAAAAUCAGAACUUCGUGCCUGAAAAGGGCGUUUUUGAUUCAUUAGUUCAAGGUUUUUGUGUUUUUGAUAAGAAUCCAGGAAAGGGUUAUUGCGUUUUGAUGGAUUGCUUGAGAAAUUAUGGUACGAAGCUUUCUCAUUCUACUUUUAGUUCUUUGAUUCACAAUUUUUGUAUUAACGGUGAUAUGAGUAGAGCAAUUGAAGUCUUAGAAUUGAUGAUUAGUGAUGAAUUUAAGUACCCAUUGAACGAUUUGGUUUGUAGUUCAGUGAUUUCUGGGUUUUGUAAGAUUGGUAAACCUGAAUCUGCACUGGAGUUUUACAAAAAUGUGGGAAAAAUUGAAAGUUUGGGUUGUCGUGGGGGAAAUGUAGUAAUGUAUACUUGGCUUGUGAAUGCUCUUUGUAAAGAAGGUAGAGUUGAUGAAGUUAGUGAGUUGGUUUAUAAAAUGGAGAAGGAAGGAGUAGUUUUAGAUGCUGUGUUUUAUAGUAGUUGGAUUUGUGGGUAUUUUAAAGAAGGGAUUUUAAACGAAGCGUUUAGAAAACAUGUAAUGAUGAUUGAGAAUGGAGUGAAUCCGGAUACAGUUAGUUAUACGAUUCUCAUUGAUGGGUUCACGAAAGAAGGUAAUGUCGAGAAGGCUAUUGGGUUCUUGAAUGAGAUGAAAAAAGAUGGUUUGGAACCUAAUUUGGUUACUUAUACUGCGAUUAUGCGCGGUUUUUGUAAGAGAGGGAAAUUGGAUGAAGCAUGGAGAGUGUUCGAGAGAGUGGUAGAGUUGGGGAUUGAAGUGGAUGAAAUGACUUACUCGACUUUGAUUGAUGGGUUGUGUAGAAGGGGUGAUUUUGAUAGGGUAUUUGGUUUGCUCGAUGAGAUGGAGCAGAAGGGGAUCAACGUUGGAGUUAUCACGUACAAUACUGUUAUUAACGGGCUAUGUAAAGUUGGACGAACAUCCGAGGGAGAGGUGAUUUCGAAAAGUACGAAAGGUGAUUGUUUUACGUUUAGUACCUUGCUACAUGGAUAUAUUCAAGAAAAUAACCUGGUGGGAGUGUUGGAAACAAAGAGGAGACUAGAAGAGGCUAGCGUAAGUAUGGAUGUUGUAAUGUGUAAUGUUUUAAUGAAGGCGUUAUUUCUGCUGGGAGCAUUGGAAGAUGCUUACUUGAUUUAUAAGGGAAUGCCCGAGAGAGGAUUGGUGGCUAAUUCUGUUACUUAUUGUGCACUCAUUGAUGGGUAUUGUAAAGCAGGUAGAAUUGAUGAAGCACUCGAAAUUUUUGAUGCAUAUAGGAGUUCUUCAUCUGACAUUAGUGAUGACAGUUAUAACUGUAUAAUAUUAGGACUUUGUGCUAACUGUAUGGUAGAUAUGGCUAUUGAGGUGUUUGCUGAACUCAUAAACAAAGGUGUAUGUCCUGAUCAAGCGACAUAUAGGACAUUGAUUAAAUCGAUUUACAAGGAAAAGAAUGGAGAAGGAGUUCUGGAGUUUCUUCAACGGAUUGGGGAUAUGGAGACAGAUACAUAUAAUUCCGUGUGCAAUGAGGCUAUUCAUUUUUUAAUCAAAAAGGGUUCUUCAGAAGCAGCAUUUGGCGUGUACUUGAUAUCGAGGAAGAUAGGCUCUAGUGUGGCAAGCAAGAGUUACUAUUUGAUCCUCAAAAGUUUUUUUGCUGAUCAAAAUAGAAUGCUGGUGCCGCUGAUGCUAAAUGCAUUUCUCAAAGAAUAUGGAAUUUCUGAACCAAGAAUAAUUAAAAUAGUAGUUCGACACUUGUCUGGAAAAGAUGUAAAAAAAUGCCUUCAUUUUCUUGACAGGAUGAAAAAGAAGCACACUUGUAUAACUAUUCCUACAACGGUUUUCGAAGAUCUUAAGAAACAAGGUAGAGUUCUGGAUGCCCAUAAGCUAAUUAAUGAAGUGGAUGGUACUCAAACAGUUUGUGAUUUAUUUGGUUAUUCAAUAGUGGUUGAUGGGCUUUGCAAAGAAGGAUUUUUGAACAAGGCCUUGGAUCUUUGUGUUACCAUGAGAAAGCAUGGGAUACCUCCGAAUAUUGUCAUUUACAAUUCAGUGAUAAAUGGUUUGUGUAACCAAGGUUGUUUUGUUCAAGCGCUUAGGAUUUUUGAUUCACUAGAGAAAAUUGAUUUGGUUCCAACGGUUAUAACAUUUAAUACACUUAUAACUGCUUUAUCAAAAGAAGGAUACCUUCAAGAUGCAAAAAAGUUGCUCGAGAAGAUGAUUUUUCAGGAGUUCAUUCCAAACACUCGUGUUUAUAAUUCACUGAUUGAUGGCUACUGCAAGUAUGGGUUGUUAGAUGAAGCUUUGGAGCUUCUUUCACAUUUUGAGAAGAGUUUCUGUAAACCAGAUGCGUUUACUAUUAGGGCUUUAAUUGAUGGUUGUUGCAGAAAAGGAGAAAUGGAAGUGGCUCGAGAAUUCUAUUUCAAAUUCAAAGAGAAGGGAAUUUUUCCCGAUUUACUUGGUUUUAUCUAUUUGAUAAAAGGACUUGUUGUGAAGGGAAGAAUAAAGGAAGCCAGUGAAGCAUUGGAGGAUAUGCUUCAAAUACAAUCCAUCAUCGAGCUGAUAGAUAGGACAGGUAGUGGAAUUAAAAACGAAUCAAUUGUAAGUUUUCUGGUGUUUUUAUGUCAACAAAAAAGAAUUGAAGAAGCUUCUGAUGUCCUUUAUGAAGUUGGGUCUGUGGUUUAUCCUUGUAAGAGAUCUCAUGGAUCAACAAAUCUAAAGGUGUUAUAUGAUACGGAGGCUCAAAGAAAGGUUGGGUCUUUCACUCCCCAUGUAGUCAGUGUGGAUUCAUCAUCUUUGAAUUUAGAAAAAGUGGAUAAUUUAAAAACGCAGUGUUGGUCGGAUGACUUUGAGGCUUGUUAUUCUCUCAUUGCAUCACUUUGUUUAGAAGGGGAGAAAGAAAAAGCUAACAGGGUAGCAAAAGAAAUGCUAUUACAUGCUUAAGCAACUUAUUGAUUAGAGAAUUGCAUGAUUAGUUAUUCUUUAUCCUCGGUCUUCGGGAAGUUGCACUGGCCUUGUCUUUGCUGAUGCCGUCAAAAGAGGAGUGGGUGAGUGGGUAUCGUCUUCUUGUGGAGUCGCUUGCAAUUCAAUCUACGAGGGGCUACCACCAAUUCCUACCAGGGAAUAUACUGAUGCUGAGAUUGCAGCUUGUGGUGUCGUUAGAGAUAUCUCGCAGACACCAAAACUUGCUUCAACUCCAGGCACAUUACUUGUUGAAAUGCUAUGAGAUAAAAGUUCUUCGAUCGAAGAGUGUGGCUGAGUGGGUAUUGUCUUCAGCAGGAGCAUUCUCUUCCCAUUCCUAAACUGGAAGCCCAUGCUGAAGUCAUUUGGAAGCCACACUACCUCAAAAGUUUGCUUUAGAAGACGAUAUUCCAGGAGUUCAUGAAUGGUUGAGAAAUAUAUCCUGCAGAAAUCAUGAUUGUUUAUAUUCGCAUGAUUUUGGCACAAAAGAAGAUAGUUUUAGUAAAGAUAACAGAAGAUUGGCUUAUGCAAGCGUUUCAGGGAGUAUGUUACCUCCAUCUUCUGAUGAUUUCUGCAUUGCUGAGGCUGCAUCUUGCAAAACCAAUACCCAAAAGUGUGGCAAAUAUAAGUUGUUGUAUUUAAGUUCACAUCUUCUUUGCAGAAUUGGCUUGUAUCCGUGCGUGAAUCUUUGAUUCCUGCGCGGCUGCGCCUCAGCCACAGAUUGAAGCUUCUCCUAAUAGCAGCUCUGGUAGAUCUCAUGUGCUUCCAGUUGCAGCUUUGUGGGGUUUACACGUUUCCAAUGGUCGGCAUCCAACUAUAAGUUUGUCUUGUUCCUGAUGGAUCUGCCAAACAAAAACUGAUUGUUCGCUUUCCUCUAUAGUUGCAAUCUCAACACAGGCAUCUAUGCUGCAUAAUGGUGCAGGAAAAAGACCCGUAGUAAACUGAACCAGAUAGCAAUCCAAAGGUUAUGUGUGUUGUAACUCCUGCUUCCACGAAUUCGGAUAACCACGUAGCUCGCUGUCCUACAUGUAGCAUAGUCAGGUGGGAGUCACAGUGCCACCAAUGGAAAAUCAGGUGUUCAGGGGUAGUGUGAUGGGAAUUAAAAUGCGAACAGAUAAUACACCAGGUGUAGACAGAUUGUGUUGCAGAAGAAUGGUACAGUUGAUAAUCUAUGCUCUGGAUUGGCAUCAAUAGAUGUUAAUAUGUUAUGAUGAUCCAUCUCACUGUCCUCGAGGAAAGCUUUUACUCCAGAUGGCGCGCCAAUUUCACAAGAAAAAUCUGAUAGGAGUCCGGAGUUACCCUCAGCUUUCGUUGAGCAAAUUUUGAAGUUUUCAGAACUUACAAAUCCAUCAUAUAUAUUCGUUUAAUUUGUUUCAAAACCUCAUAUCAUUGUAUUGGCCAUUGUUUCACCUUGGUGAUGUUUGUUGUACGAGUAAUCUAACUGUACAUACGAUGAAGUAUUGCCAUUUGCACAUUUCUUAGAAUCCAGUGGACUUGAAGAGAGAUUUUACUAUUAAGCCUGCUCAUAUCUUUCUUUCAGGCGCCCAUGUCUCUCUUUCGUCCGAUAUC